ACUGGACUUGAUUGUGACCCCACCUGCCCGUCAUUAAGCGCCACACUUGACACGGAUCAGUCAUCAAGGCCCGUCUCGCUGACUGACUUCCGUCCGUCCGUCGGUCCGUCCGUUUUCUUCCGCUUUUCCACGCGAGUGACUGGAUUGCAUCGGCUUGCUUUGUGUUGCGGGCGAGCUGGACGGACAAAGCUGCACUUUUAGUCGUCCGUGCUUGUUAUUUCGUCUUAUUUUGGACCAAUUAGGCGACGUCGCAACUGCCGAUCACCGGGCCCACCCUCAAAAUUGCAUCUUUCAUCAGCGCUAAUCGCCAGGCUUGGUCUUCGCGUUGAAGGUUCAAUGCCAGACUUUGGCGCAAGCGGACGUUUCAAUGGUAGCUGCCUUGCACGUCUCCGAGUUGGGGGACGAAGCCCACGAGAGCCAAGGAGACAAAAUGUUGGGGGGCGACCGGGAAGGCGACGUCCCGCUGAAGGUUCUCCGGCCUAUGCGGCCGCGUCGCUCCGUCGGGGAGAUCCCGUCGCGGUCGCCGACGUCCGCCCCGGGGUCGCCGACGUCCGCCCCGGGGUCGCCGACGUCCGCCCCGGGGUCGCCGACGUCCGCCCCGGGGUCGCCGACGUCCGCCCCGGGGUCGCCGACGUCCGCCCCGGGGUCGCCGACGUCCGCCCCGGGGUCGCCGACGUCCGCCCCGGGGUCGCCGACGUCCGCCCCGGGGUCGCCGACGUCCGCCCCGGGGUCGCCGACGUCCGCCCCGUCGCAGCUGGGCCGGCGGAGCGAGCCGAGCGGUCAAACAUCGGCGACGUUUUACCCGUGGAGAGGAGUCCGACCGCCGCCGACCAAAAAGAAGCGCACCAGGAAGAGGAGGAAGAGGUUGUCGGCGCUGCAAAAAACGUUCCGGCAGUUCCCGCAGUGGCUGGUCAACGUGAUGUUCAACAUCGAGGAGGCCAAAUCGCACGAGCUGCUGAUCGAGUGAACGGCAACCAUGCGCCAGCGUUUUCUUUUAUUUUGCUUUUUUUUUUCCCCCUUUCAUUAAACAUCUGAAUCAACAAUUGAAUAAU